GAUCAAUCAGGUUUGCUGGAUUCGUCGUGGAGAAAUUAUUUCAUCUGUCUCUCGUGAAUUACAGUACCUAUUCAACUAGCAAAGUGGCCAAACAGACACAAUGCUCUCUCAUACUCUCACUCAUCUUCUUUACGCAUUAGGUGCGGCGGCUGCCGUGCAAGCCACUCAGAUCUUUAGCAACACAGGCACAAUGUCCGGUUGGGACGCGUACACGCGCGAGAACAAGGGCACAGUGCAGGAGGUCACGAACGUGGCGUAUAAGGGCAGCACGGCGCUGAAGAUGACACAGGUCUACGACUCGACCUGGAACGGGCGGUACCACUCGGAGGCGGUCAAGUACAACGUCUACAAGAAGGGGGACACGGGCUUCUACGGGUUCGCGUUCAGGCUGCAGGAGAACUGGCAGUUCUCGCCGGCGCAGAAUUACAACCUUGCGCAGUUCAUCGCCGACUUCACGGACCUGGGCUGCGAGGAGACGUACAUGCCUUCGACGAUGGUGUGGAUCGAGGGCGACCAGCUCGCGACGCGCGUCAAGUACGGCAACGUGUGCCCGACGAACCAGCAGAUCACGCGCUCCUUCAAGAACCUGAAGACGGUGACGCCGGGGGUGUGGCAUCGCAUCGAGCUCCAGGUCAGCUGGAAGAGCGACAACACGGGCUACUUCAAGAUGUGGUAUGACGGCGAGAAGGUCACCGAGACGUAUGAUAUCCCCACCAACGUCGGCGACGGACGGCCGUUCCAGUUCCGCGUUGGACUUUAUGCGAAUGGGUGGCACGAUUCGGGAUAUCAGGGGACGCAGCCUACAAGACAAGUGUGGUACGAUCAGAUCGCUGCGGGCUCGGUCUUUGCAGAUGCCAACCCAGACGGGUGGUGAUCUCGCCGUUUCCAGGGGAAAACUUCUACAGCAAAGUCUUUUGGUAUGGAUGUUUACGGGAUGUCGGGUUCAUUCUGUAAAAAUACCAGCCUCUCCUUUUCAAUAGUGCCCUCGUCCCAUUUGCUCUUACAUCAUCAUAACUCGUGAGACUUACGAGUGAAAAUUGCACUAGACACCUACGAUUAGACAUCAUUCUGUCGAAGAGCAGAUAUGAAAAGAGGAGGUAUACGAUGGCGAGUGAACCUACCUAGAUAGACCUUGAGAGAACUAGGUAGUAACUUAGAAGUCUCUCUCUGCCAAGGACCACCUCACGGAUCACAUGUAAAUCGAACGGCUUUGUAGGAGUAUUCGUAA